AUGGCGACAAUUAGCAGAACCCAGAGGUCAAAAUCAACUCUUGGAUCUCGGAGACUUGUUCUGUUAUGUAUACUCGCCGUCGCAUUCCUCCUCUUUUUCUCUUCGGUGGUUUCCACCGGCGGAUUGGGUUUACCGUAUCGGAAAACUCUGAUUGGUUAUUUCGUGAAGUCUCCUCGAAGCAAGAGACAUCACAGUUUGUGGGACAAGUAUUUGUAUUGGGGAAACAGAAUCGAUUGUCCUGGUAAGAACUGCGAGACCUGUGCGGGUUUAGGUCACCAAGAAUCCAGCCUUAGAUGCGCCCUUGAAGAAGCCAUCUUUCUUAACAGGACAUUUGUAAUGCCUUCUCGGAUGUGCAUUAAUCCAAUACAUAACAAGAAAGGUAUACUCAAUCGAUCCGACAAUGAAACUACAGAGGAAAGUUGGGAAGUGAGCUCUUGUGCGAUGGAUACAUUGUAUGAUAUUGACCUUAUCUCUGAGAAGGUACCUGUGAUCUUGGACGACUCGGAAACGUGGCACAUUGUGCUAUCGACGAGCAUGAAACUAAGAGAACGAGGGGUUGCGCAUGUGUAUGGAGCCAAUAGGCAUGAGCUUAAUGAGACUAGCCACUUUGCAAAUCUUUUGCUCAUUAACCGAACCGCAAGUCCCCUCGCAUGGUUUGUUGAGUGCAAGGAUCGAAGUAAUCGUAGCGCCGUCAUGCUUCCUUAUUCAUUUCUCCCUAACAUGGCAGCAUCAAGAUUGAGAGAUGCUGCGGAAAAGAUAAAAACACAACUCGGUGAUUACGAUGCGAUUCAUGUUCGUCGAGGUGACAAACUGAAAACAAGAAAAGACAGGUUUAAGGUUGAGAGAAGUCAGUUCCCACAUUUGGACAGAGACACACGCCCCGAGUUUAUCAUGAGGAGGAUACAGAAGCAGAUCCCACCAGGACGAACUCUUUUUAUCGGUUCUAAUGAGAGAACUCCUGGAUUCUUUUCCCCUCUCGCAACCAGGUACAAAGUGGCUUACUCAUCGAAUUUUAGUGAGAUUUUGGAUUCUGUAAUCGAGAACAACUAUCAGUUAUUCAUGGUGGAGAGGCUGAUUAUGAUGGGAGCAAAGACAUUCUUCAAAACAUUUAGAGAGUACGAAACGGAUCUCACUUUAACAGAUGAUCCAAAAAAGAACAAGAACUGGGAAAUACCAGUUUACACCAUGGAUGAAGGCAAAGAAGAGUCAAAUUUCUAA